AUGUGUACCAAACCAUUCAAGCUAGUUCGAGCCCAAGGAACAGACUCAAAGGACACAGUGUUGACCUAUCCUGCCAAGUCGCUACCGCCAUCUCCUUCUGGAUCAAAUCAACUGGAAGUAUGUUUAUCAAACCCACACAUACUACUAUUCUUUGAGUUCCCAGAUACAUGGCCAGUCAUCAACAUAUUCCCGUCACCAACGAGGUGCAAUAAGGCAGUACAAGAGGUAGUCGAAAGCAACUCGCAGACAGGUACUUAG